AUGGCGAUGAAGUUAGACAUGUCCAAAGCUUACGACCGUCUGGAGUGGGGUUUUGGUACACAUGUUCUGGCUAAUAUGAGAUUUUUGGAUCAUAUGGUAAAUGUUAUCAAGAGUUUCAUUUCGAUGGUUUCCUACAAAGUUCCUAUUAAUCGUCAGCCUAGUAUGAGUUUUUUGCUGGAGAGGGGUCUCCGUCAAGGGGACCCCGUUUCUCCCUAUUUGUUUAUCUUGUGCACCAACGUUCUCUCAAGGCUUCUGAAGCAUGAUGUUCAGUGCAUGAAUAUUCAUGGGAUCAAAGUGGCAAGAACGGCUCCAAUUAUUUCCCACCUAUUUUUCGCAGAUGAUUGCUUGUUGUUUGCGAGGGAGAAUUCUUGUGAAGCUGAGAGAGUCAUGACCAUUAUUUCAAGGUAUGAAGCGGCUUCGGGGAAAGUGGCGAAUUAA